AAAUAUAAACACAUGAAUAUGUUACCUGUUGCUUGACAACUGUUGCUCAUUUUAAGUAAUUUGUAAUUCUGAAGUUGCAGUUUUAAAAAACAUUUUUAUAAAAUUUUUAGAAAGUAAUUUUAACAUUGAUAAUGUAAAUGUUUCUAUACAUUUUGUGCCAAAUUUGUUACUAAUUUCAAAGCAGCGCCUAAGAAGAAAUUUUGGAAUUUAUAAUAAGAAAUAGUGAUAUAAUAUUUAUCACACUUUAAUCGUUUAUUGUAAUGGAUAAACUACGAAGAGCAUUAAGUGGAAAUGAGACCCCAGACGAAGAAAGUGGCAUCAUGUCACAAUUUAAUGAUGCCACAACCUUAAGCUGGUCAACAAGAAUUAAAGGUUUCUGCAUCUUAUUUAUAGUUGGAAUUUUACUGUCCUUCCUUGGUUCAUUUGCAUUAUUUUUUAAAAAAGGCCUCACAGUAUUUGCUGUAUUUUACACUAUUGGAAAUAUUACUUCACUUGCAAGUACUUGCUUUCUUAUGGGUCCUGUUAAUCAGAUUAAGAAAAUGUUUGCUCCUACACGAGCAAUUGCUACUGCAAUAGUUUUAGUAACUUUUGCACUUACAUUAUAUGCUGCUAUUGAGUUACAAAAACCUGUAUUAGCCCUGCUGUUUAUUGUUAUACAGUCUUUAGCAAUGACUUGGUAUUCCUUAUCUUAUAUUCCAUAUGCAAGAGAUGCAGUUAAGAAAACAGUUACUACUUGUAUCGGAGAUUAAAUAAGUAUUUCAUUUAUACUCAACAUAUAAACUGUAAGUGUGAUUACCAAUAAGGCUGGAAAUGUCAAUAAUAUACCUAAUAUCUAUAUUUUUAAAGUAAAAUAAUAUUGUCAUGUGUUAUUAUUUAAUUAAAACUGUUUAUGGCUACUAA